AUGGAAAGCGCCACAGCCUCCCCCGAGCCCGAGUCCUCGUCGCGUCGCCGAUCCGGACGCGUCGUGCGAGCUCCCGAAAAGUUCAGCCCAGAGCCUGCUAAUGCACCGAAGCGCAAGAGAGGGCCCGAACCCGACGAGGACGACGAGGAGAAUGACGAUGACGAGCCCUCCUCCGAUGAUACGAUGAGCGAUGGCGACAGCGCCGACGAGCGCCCCCGCGCCCGGCCCAAGAGACGAUCUGCCGCGCAAGGGAACCGUGUAAAGAAGCCCGCCACCAAGAAACCCAAGACCAACGGAGUAGCAUCAUCUGGUCAUUCCGCAAGUUUACCAUCACGGCCGAAGAAAACUGUGCGAAUUGCCGCUGUUGAGAGGCAAGGGGAGGGCCUAUAUGCCGAAGUUUUUGGUUCUGGUCUGCCCUCAGAACACGUUGCCGACAAAUGGCAAGAGAGAUACCAGGCCAACGAUGCCCUUGCUGUCGUCGAGCUCGUCAACCUCGUGUUGCAAUGCUCUGGUUGCGAUCUCGCAAUUACCGAGGACGAUGUUCGCGAUCCUGACAAUUGUCAGGCUCGGCUUACAGAGCUUCAGGAUUUGUUUCAAGAGGAGCAAGUCACAGAGUACCCGCUCAUCUCGAGGGCGAAGAACACGAAGGCCUUUCGCGAUCUUCUUACCGGAUUCUUCAAAUCUGUUGUGCGCAGCGUUCACGACACAGAUGUUCUCUAUAACGACCCGACAUUGAUGGAAAACCUCGUACGCUGGAUCGCAUCCAUGUCAACGUCGUCGCUCCGCCCCUUCCGCCACACUGCGACGACCGUGAUCCUCUCCCUUGUAUAUGGGUUGAUUGACGUUGCAACAACGCUUGACAGCCGAAUUACGGCCAUUGAACAGCAAAUUGCGCAGGCCAAGAGGGGUAAGAACAAGGCAAAGCUGGCGGAAAUGCAGCAUAGCCUAGACGAGGCCAACAACAAUAGAGAACUGUGCGGCCACCACAUCAAGGACUUCUUCGACACAACCUUUAUCCACAGGUACCGGGAUAUCGACCCGCGUAUUCGGACAGAAUGCGUUGAAGCCCUUGGCUCAUGGAUUCUGGGUCUUCCCACUGUCUUCAUGCAGCCAGAAUAUCUUCGUUACCUUGGCUGGAUGCUCUCCGACACAGUAGCUUCAACACGGCAAGAAGUUCUGAGGCAACUAGCCCGUAUUUUCAGGCGCGGUAUCCAGCAACUUGGCCACUUUAUUGAUCGAUUCCGCCCUCGACUUAUCGAGAUUGCCACCAAGGAUGCCGAAGUUUCUGUGCGUGUCGCAGCCGUCUCUGUCAUUAAUGUGCUCCGGGAUGCCGGAAUGCUGGAAGCGGAGGAGGUCGACUCUAUCGGCAAGUUGAUUUUUGAUAGCGAUAUCAGAAUCCGGAAAGCGGUCGUCAACUUUUUUGUUUCCUGUGUAGAGGACCUCAUCAACACUAGGAUGGAAGAACUUGGGGGUCAAGACGCGUUGGAUGAACUUUUUGGCGAAAUCGAGGAGGAUGACUACGAAUCGCCUCGUAGCGCAUGGGUCAACAUCAAGUGCCUCGCAGAAAAUCUCGCGGCGUUUGACGAGCAGAUUGAGGGGGAGCAGCAAGAUGCGAACCCCCAAGGUCUUGCCGUGGCCGCCGACGUUUUGCAGGCGAGCGUCCCAGAUACGAGGAUAUCGCUAGCUUCCCAGGCAUUGUUUGAGAAAGUAUCUUUCGUCAAGGACUGGGAAGCUCUGUCUGGCUAUCUUCUCUACGACCAUACCGUCAGCUCCAAGUCUAGGUCGAGAUCUAGCACCACCACGACCGAAAUGGCCUUCAAGAAAGCCGUUGCCCCUGUAGGUGCGGAGGAGGCCAUAUUGCUAGAGGUUCUGGCCUCUGCCGUGAAGAUGUCUCUGCUUCAAUCCGCAGAGGCCGAGAAGGCCAGAAAGAGAGGCGGCCGCUCCGAAGUAGCCGAGGCGCAGGAAGACACGGCCCUAGAUUUGGCGACAGCCAUCCCUCAACUGCUCAACAAAUUUGGAGCCGAUCCUGCAACCGCAACAAUUGUCCUCAGAAUGGAGCAUUUUCUGGAUCUUGAAAUCUUUCAGACAUUGCGGCAAGAUUCGACGAAAUAUGAAAAGCUGCUGGACGAGAUUAGUACGCAAUUCAACAGGCAUGAUGAUAAGAGAGUCAUCGCUGAGGCCGCUGCUGCUCUGCUCCACUCCCGUCAAUACGAGGAGCUGGAAGAGCUCACCGACGGAAAGCUAGCAGUCUUGUGGGAGAACGUUAUCACCACCCUGCGGGGCUUCGACAAGACUUGCGAGCUUUCAAUUCGUGGUAACCUUGAAGAGGAACAUCUCGCGGCACUUUCGACCGUUCUGAUGAAGAUCAGUGAGCUUGCUCGCAUCUCGGACCCUGUCGAGAUUCUGGAGGCUGAAGGCCGGGCGGCCGACUCUAUGUCAUCAUCUAUCGAAAUCUUGAUUAACAUCGCCAACCGAGGAACGUUUGACGACCCCAACGAGGAGCUCGACGACCUAGAGGAUGAGGUCGCAUCAUUCGCGAUCAAAGCCACUCAGUUCUACUUCAUGUGGAAGGUGAAGAGUUUGGAGAAGCUCAUCCGAAGCGGAGCGGAAGUCCCCAGUUCUGUCGUGGAUCAGUUAUCCACCCUGCGCAAACAAUACGAUGUCAACCUGAUCAAGACACUAUCAUCGCGAGCUGUCAUUGACGAUACCCGCCUCUUUGCAGCUGGUGCUCUCUGCGAUGUCCAUGUCCUCUUCGGAACUUUGCGUAACGUCGUUGAACCGACUCGCGGCAGUGCAACUUACAGAAAGAUGGCAAGUCUCAUGCGCGAACUGGAGCCAAAACUUUUGCCAGAACUCAUCUCUAUAUAUGAUGGCAUUGAGCGUAGCUAUGCCAAGAGAACCAAGAGGACGCUGAACGAGCCAGCUGAGGAUGAAGAGCCUAUGGACGAUGAGGACUCUGACGAUGAGGAAGAUGAGGACGAAGGUCUCAGUUACGAAGAGCGCCUCGCCCUCGAGCUCAAAUCAGAAAAGGCACUAUGUGAGCUGGCCGCCAAGUACGUUUUGGCCAUUGUGCAGAAGGUCCUGGACCAGUCUGGUCCUCACGCCGGAAAGCUGCGCAAGCGGCUCCUCCGUAAUCAGACUAGACUCGGGAAGAACUUCAGCGAGGUUGUUGCGUUCCUUGACGAGAACAAGAUUCGGGAACACCUGCACGGCAAAAAGCAGGUUCAGAGGGCGAAGACUCCCUCGACUAAGCCAGCAGCCAAGAAAUACACGCGAAGUGAGGAGAUUGUUGUUGACGACGAAGAGGAAGAGGAUGCGCUGGAGGAGCCUGAGCCGGAGCCGGAAGAGGGCUCUAGAGAAGACUUGCGCCGGCGUGAACUUUUGGAGGAAGAAGAAGAAGAGGAGCCAGAGGAGGCUCCCGCCAAUAAUGAUGCCGACGACGACGAUAUUUUGGGCGACUAG